AAACAAAGGGGCGGUUCCUGACGAAAAAAAACCCACGUGAUCCCCUUUCUUGGUCCCAGGCGGUCACAGCAGAGAGCCGGAGACUAUGGAUCUCAGGGUCAGGUUGGUCGUUUUGCUUGCUGCGGGCUUCCUCUGCCUCAGUGUGCUGCCGCUCACUCUGACUCAGGACAUGAUGGAUGAUGACUUGGACGUGGAGGAUGAGCUGGACAUAGCUGGAGUCACUGCUGAAGAUGACGAUUUGGAUGGGGAUGUGCAGGAUGAGGCUCCACCCGCUUCUAUGGCACCACCAACGCCAAAGGUGACCUACAGAGCUCCAGAGCCAAAGGGAGAACAUUUCUUUGCUGAGACCUUUGACCGGGGGACACUGGACGGGUGGGUUCUGUCCAAGGCCAAGAAGGAUGGUGCUGACGAAGAGAUUGCCAAGUAUGACGGUAUGUGGGCAGUGGAGGAGAUGAAGGAAAGUACACUUCCUGGUGAUAAAGGUCUGGUCCUAAAGUCCCGGGCCAAGCAUCAUGCCAUCUCAGCCCACCUGCUGCGACCUUUCACCUUUGACACACACCCACUCAUUGUCCAGUACGAGGUGAACUUCCAGUCAGGUAUCGACUGCGGCGGAGCCUACGUGAAACUGCUGACUCGGACUCCAGAACUCAAUCUGGAUGGGUUUGUGGAUAAAACUCCGUACACCAUCAUGUUUGGACCUGAUAAGUGUGGAGAAGACUACAAACUGCACUUCAUCUUUCGACACAAAAACCCCAAAACUGGAGAGUAUGAAGAGAAACAUGCCAAGAAGCCUGAGGCCGACCUGAGGGCCUACUACACGGACAAGAAGACACACCUCUACACACUGGUGGUGAAUCCCGACAACAGUUAUGAAGUGUUGGUGGACCAGACAGUGGUGAACAGCGGGAACCUAUUGACGGACAUGACUCCGCCCGUCAACCCCACCGCUGAGAUAGAGGAUCCUGAUGACCAGAAGCCGGAGGACUGGGACGAGCGGGCCAAGAUCCCGGACCCUGAUGCUGUCAAACCCGAUGACUGGGACGAGGACGCUCCCGCUCAGAUUCCAGAUGAAGAUGCUGUGAAACCAGACGGCUGGCUGGAUGAUGAACCCGAGUACAUCGGAGACCCAGACGCUGUCAAACCUGAAGACUGGGACGAGGAGAUGGACGGUGAAUGGGAAGCUCCACAGGUCCCUAACCCUGCCUGUGAGACCUCCCCUGGUUGUGGCACCUGGAAGCAGCCAGUGAUAGACAAUCCCAACUACAAGGGCAAGUGGAAGGCACCAAUGAUUGAUAAUCCAAACUACCAGGGUGUCUGGAAACCAAGGAAGAUUCCAAACCCAGCCUACUUUGAAGACCUGCACCCGUUCAGAAUGAGUGCGUUCAGCGCCGUGGGGCUGGAGCUCUGGUCCAUGACAUCCGACAUCUUCUUUGACAACUUCUUCAUCACCAACGACCGCAACACAGCUGAUCGUUGGGCCGCCGACGGCUGGGGACUGAAGAAGGCGGCAGAAGGUGCUGUUGAGCCAGGUCUCACGGCUCAGAUGCUGAAUGCCGCUGAGGAGCGUCCGUGGCUCUGGGUGGUCUACGUCCUCACCGUGGCUUUACCGCUUGUCCUCAUCUUCGUCUUCUGCUGCACUGGCAAGAAAAAACCUGCAGCCGCAGACUACAAGAAAACAGAUGAACCUCAGCCUGAUGUGAAGGACGAUGAGGAGGAGAAGGACGAGGAGGACAAGGACGAAGAGGAGGAGAAGGAAGAGGAGGCUGAAGAGGCUGAGAAAAAUGCUGCAGCUGCAGAGAAAAGUGAUGGAGAGGAAAAUCCUGUGAAGGCAGAGGAGAACGAGGAGGAAAAGGAGGAAAAGGAAGCCUCACCCACACAGAACGCAGAGGAUGAGGUUCUGCGGAGAUCUCCCAGGAGCAGGGUCAGAAAGGACUGAUGUUUGAAUCUGAGGGCCCCUGACCUUGACUUCCCCCCCAAAAAAACCUCCCCUCCACCCCCUCUUUUGAGGUAAUGUCACCCAAAUGGAGCCCACGGAAGCAGCAGCGCUAACAGGAAGCUAAACACAAGACCUUCGAUAUGGAUGCUAAUUCCAGUAUGAACAAGACUGAGUUGGUGUGACAGUUUGUGAGUGAGAUGUUUGUGCAUCAUUCCUUUAACACCUGAGCAGACCCAAACCUGCACAGCUGUGCUAUCUGCUGUAGAUCCUGCUAACCACCCAGCGCCAUGCUAAAACUGCUAACACCAAAUGAAGAAGUUGAACUAGGCCAGGUUUCUGUUUGACCUGUGGACAGUUUGUUCUUUAGUCUUCUGGAAUGUUGGUUGUAAACUAUGAACAUUUAGCCUAAUUUUGUGUAGCCUACUAACGUUUCAUUUGAGCUGCCCAGUUAGCAACCAGCAAUUGAGACAAAAUUAGUCUCCAACAUGAGUGAUUGAUUUGCUCAGUCCAGUUAAAAUAAGUUUAUCUGGUUAACCACGCCCACCAAUAAAAUACCAGCGUCGAACAUCCGACAGUUUAUGAAUUGUUUUGGCAGCAGCUUGCUAACGGCUUCCCUCUGACCUUCUAAGGUUUGAUCGGUCCAAUGAAAACCUUCCUAUUUAUCAGAAGAUUUGGGAAUUCAGUGACUCAAAGCCACCUAAUUAUGGAGAAUUUUUUUUAAUGAUCAGAGUUAGCAGCUGGCCGUCCUCCCAACUUUUAGCUAACUAAUAAACCUGUUUUUUUUGGGGGGGGGGGGGUUUUGUCUGUAAUUUAUUGUAUGAUCUGAUUUAGCAGAUUAGUGUAUUGGCUAAGCUAGUGCUAAGCUGCUGAAAGUCUAAUUUACUCAUUUUAAAAGUUCUUCAAAGCAAACUAUUUCCAAUAAAACACAGCAAAUGUAUGUGACUAAAAAGUAAUUCCCUUCCCAGCAUUUAAAUUGUGUGUUAACGUCAACACUCCAGCUAGCUUUGUGCAUUAGCCCGCCCCCCUUUAAUGUCAUCGCCUCGUAAUCGUCUGUGUUUGAAAGACUCUAAUAUGUUGCUGAUUGAUUCACUUCAGUGUUUAUCGUUUAUGGCGGGAAAGGUUUUCCCACGAGCAGCAACUUUUUUUUUUUCUUUUUGCCUCAGAAUGUACAUUUAAGGGGUUUUUGUUUGUUUUUUUAAUCUAUAUUGUUGGUGCAUUUGUUGCUAAUUUAUCCACCUUGUUUCUUCUGCUUACGAUUGAUUUAGUAAUUUUUAAUUUAAACAUAAUGAACCCUUGCAGCAGCUUAUUUAAACAUGUCUGAAUCCGCUGUUCUUGUUUGUUUUCUCUGAAUAUCUUGAACGUUUGUGGUCAGAGUAUGUGCGUUUGAAGACAGUGUCACAUUUCUCUGGAUUUGUUCAGCGUGAUGCUGCGAUGUAGCAUCAGAAAUUAUCGCUCGCGUAGACCAGCUGUAGAACUGUCACAUCAGUGGCGAGGAAAAAUCCUGGUGCUCGCUUCGAUGCGGUCGGUACGUGAUCAGAAAUGUCCUGUUGUCCUGAAAUCAAGUCAACUGGCUUGAGUUGAUCUGGUUUUUAUUUGAUGCAUCUGGUAAUGUGGGAGGUGGAGCUAAAAUCCAGCUUUUCAGCAUGUGAUUAAAAAUCCUGACUUCGUUGGCAUCAUGUUUAAACUUUUUUUCUUUUUCACAUAAACGAUAAAGUUUUGGCAUCGUGGAUCAUGAGCAAUUUCUUGUCAUGUCCUUACGACCUUCAGAUUCUGUGUUCAUUGUCCAAAACUUUGUCCACAAUUAAGCUCAAAGCAUCAAUGCUGCCUCAGAAUUGAAGUUUGAAACAAAUGCUUCAGUCUAAAAAGAUUCACCAAUUACGCGGACAAUUGAGGGCUCAAUUGAACCUGUUUUUAUUGAAGAACAGUGUUCACAGCUGAAGUCUGACUUAUUGAAAUGAACAGACUCUUAAAGCUAAGUUUUUAAUUAUGGUUUUUCGUGUAAAAACAGCUGAAGGUGCCACGCUGUCCGGUGUCUUUGAUUGGCUGAUUGUUUUGACUGGCGUGCUGCUGGGCACAAACUGGUUUUCUUUGGUCAUUGUGGGUUUUUCAAAUCCCUUAAAUGUAGCUAGGUAAGGGGGCGUGAUCACCAAUCAUGUCUCAGUGUGCAGGACCGCCUACUUUUACUGUGCAGAAAACAGACUGAAUUUGAUUUUUGUUCAUUUUGGAUCAACGUAAACUGUCAGAUGUUUGUGUUCUAAUGUUUAGUUACUUUAAUGAAAAAAUAAUCACAUCUUAGUUUCUUCCCCCCUGUUUUUGGCAGCUUUCAAAAUUCCUGCCCAGUGAUAUUCUGACAGCGCCCAUGUCCAGCAGGCGGCAUGCUGUGGCAGCAGCGUUACCCUCCUGUUGUUUCUGUGGUUUUCUUCUUUUUAGUCCUGAGUGUCUUUGUGUUGUUCAGCUGAAGCUGCCUUGCUAACAAACGUAGGCUGAACACUGUAUCUGCUGGCAAAGCUUUGUUUGCCUUGGUGACAGCUUUUUGAUGUGGACCUGGACACAGAUGGACAUGUCACAAGAAGGUCCACCAUUGAUCCGAAACGCUGUGACGACAGAGCCAGGUGUGUGUGUGUGGAAAUAAGUCUCUUCUGAACAUGUAAAAGGUUUUUGAUUAAUAAAAAGGCCAAAUGAAAGCAAGCUCUC